AUGUCGGAUGAAUCGAAUACACAAAAAUUAUCCAAUGAAACUAUAUUAUGUCAAGACCUUUGUAAUCAACUCAAUUUAUCAGAUUCUAAUCAAAUUACUGAAAUUAUUCAUAUACUCGCAUUAAAUGCACCACAUAUUCUUAAAGAACAAGAUUCAAAUAAAAAUACUGUAAUUCAUAAUUUGAAUACAAAUAAAGAUAAUGGAAAUAAUUUAUGUAAACACUUAUUGCUACAUCCACCAUUUAAACCGAAACGAUUGAUUCAUUUAUGUCCAGAUGGAAGUAUUCAAGUCUUAUCAGCUGUCGAUGAUAAUUCUAAUGCAAAUCAACUAAUUAAUCCACAAAAAUAUCAUCUUAAUUAUUCGAAUUCAGCUUUAACACCAUCUAUGCAACAAAAUCAUAUUUUUACAGAUGAAUCUUCUCUUCCUUUGGAAUAUGAAACAACAGCAACUACUACACUUGAUUUAAAAACAAAUUCACAAUCUCAUUCAAAAAAUGAAAUUAAUUUUGAUCAUUUAAUUAUAGAUAAUAAUUCAAUAUUAUCUCUUCAACAAAAAAAGACUAUAUUCACAUGUGAUAGUUCAUUAGGAUACACAUCCACACAUGCGAGUGAAAUCCAACUUAAUAAUAAUCAUUCAAAAAUUGUUUUUCCAGAUAAUGAUCCAAUAGUAAUGAUUAAUCUUGAUCUUCAAGAUGAAUUAAUCGAAAUCAAUAAUAAAGAUGAUGAAAAUUCGGUACCAGAAAUAUUUUUCAAACGUAUUAUUGCACAUGAAAGUAAUUAUCUAUUUAUAAGUUAA